UUGACAUUUGUCUUAUAGAAAGAAGUGUGUCGGUCGGACGGAGUGUUUUAUUUCGCAAAAAUGUCCUCACAAUUAUCAGCUCGGGAACUGCUUGAAUUAGGGGACGAAGGGAGAACAAAGACCGUAUUAACUCAAUACUGGCCACAGAUACUUGGUACCUUUUUCGGAGUAGGAUCCGCAAUAUUCAUUAAUUUCCAAACUCGACGUCCCAUUUUUAGUGGAAUCCAAAAACAUAUUCUUCUAACCGCUGGUCUAGUGACUGCGUUUACAUAUGCGCAAAAGCAUAGAGAUAAUUACUUUGCUGAAAAAGAUGCCAUACUGAGACAUUACCUUGAGUUACAUCCUGACGAGUUCGAAGAACCUCCUCGCAAGAAGAUUGCCGAUAUCUUUGAGCCAUGGGUCCCAGUGCGUUAAAAAUACCUUUACAUUAGAUGGAUAAUAACUAGAUAAUUAUGUGAAUAAAACAAAAUAUUUCAUUUAAUAAAUAUUUAUUCCUGUUUCAUACUGUUGUCUGGGCCUGAGCAUCUAGGCUUUGUAAGUACUUUUUGGCCAUGCAAUAAAUAGAUUACAAAUAAUA